AUGGGCGACGAAUUGACACAAGAUAUCUCACACGUAGUUCAUCGUAGCACCAUACGUCGUAGUGAACAACAACGGGCAGCCACGUAUUGUACCAAGCGUCCGAUUAUUUUGCACAAUAUCGAUAUCAAAGCAUCCGACAGUGCAAUAAAGCGCUUUGUACAGCUGCGCAAACGACUUCAGCAGACACUUUUUCCGAUAUACAAAGGCCUACAGCUCCGUGUUGCCUUCCGAUUGCUUGCAGAGGGUUGUCGCUUGUCUCAAAGACGAACGGCACUUGAUCUUUGA